AGUGACAGUUGACUUGUGUUGGCGCCGUGAUGCGCACGUUAUCCACAGUCACGAUGAAAUUUAGACUUCCGCGAAUCAAAGCGCAGCAGUGAGUGAUAGAGUGUGAGGACACACGGUAUUAUUUAACACUGCACAGCUGUGUCGUUACUUUACAGUUUACACCGUUUCUUUGUCAUCAGACAUACGAAUAUUCAGUUGAUGCUUGGAUAGUUGAAGAACCAAUAUAUCGAUAAAAAUAUAAAAUAAUUUCUAUAUCGUCGACCUGUAUUUUGCCGUCUCCGCAAAGACGCUCGACCCGGAUAUCAUCAACAUCGUAACUGCUUACAUUACCCAUCACAUCGGGGGCGCAAUGAAGUUCACUGCAAUAUCUCUCGGAUUCUGGCUAACGAAUUUCCUGAGCGGUGUUAGACUCACGGAAGGUGCGAGGAUCUUGGCGAUGGUCGCAGUGCCGUCCUAUAGUCACGAAAUAGCGUUUCAUCCGAUAUGGGCCACUCUCAGUCGACGAGGACACCAAGUCGUUCUCUUCACGACGAAUCCGAUCGAUGACCCGAGCUUGACGAAUUUGACGCAGAUUGAUUUCCGACAUAUAUACACUCAAGUAAACAUAUUUAAGAAAGUGGAUUUUGCCAAAUUAAGAUUCACCCAUAAUUGGCCGAGCCUAGUACAGGAUAUUUUAGAGCACAAUAUGCAGAUAACAGUAGAGGAAAUCUUCAAACAUCCGAAAGUACGUAAACUGUACGCACCGAAUAGCGGCGAAAAAUUCGACGUAGUACUUGCUGAAAUAAUAGGGUCACAUGGUCUCUAUGCUCUGGCGCAUAGAUUUAAUGCCCCUCUAAUUGGUAUAUCAUCGUUACCGUUGCAAAGUGGAUCGUAUUAUCAUCUCGGUGCACCCAUUUUGUCAUCGCAUCCUUCGACUUGGGAAAUGGAGUAUACUACAGGUUUUAAUCUGUCAUUGUGGGGCAGGAUAAAGAACUUUUUUCGACUGUGGCGAUAUAUACAUUACGUACUUAACCAUUAUAUGCAGCGACAGCAAGCAAUAGCGGAAAAAUACUUGGGCAAAGGUAUACCUAAUGUAAAUGAAAUGGAGAAGAAUAUGAGUAUUAUGUUGGUCAAUCAAGAGGAGAUUACCACGUUCGUCAGACCACUACCACCGAAUCUGAUACAAUUCGGAGGUUUACAUAUAAUGAAGAAUCCCGCACCAUUGCCAAACGAUUUGCAACAAUUUCUGGACGACGCGCCGAAUGGAUUCAUCUAUGUGAGUCUAGGCACAAACGUAAAAAUGACGUCCUUUCCGUCAUAUGUGCUACGUGUAUUCUACGAAGUGUUUGCAAGUUUGCCGUAUAAAAUAGUGUGGAAAUUUAAUGGACAAUUGCCAGACAAAUUUGACAAUAUUUUCACCGCUACGUGGCUCCCUCAACAGAGCAUUCUCGCUCAUCCGAACAUUAAACUGUUCGUGUAUCAAGGCGGAUUUCAAAGCACGCAAGAGGCUACCCAUCACGUAGUGCCACUUUUAGGGAUACCAAUGUUGUCCGAUCAGUACUCUAAUGUAAAUAGAAUGGUAUCUCUUGGCGUCGCAAAAAGUCUGGAUAUUACUAAUUUUUCGGUAAAGAAACUGAACACAUCUAUAAUGGAUAUUUUAACAGAUAAAAGAUACAAACAGAGAAUGCUCAAUGUUAAGGUACUGAGCAAUGAUAAGCCUUACGACAUGCUGAAUCAUGUAAUUUGGUGGAUCGAGUAUGUGAUUCGUCACAAGGAUGUUUCUCAUCUUCACACCAGUAUCAAACAUGAUCCUUGGUACGAGAGGUACGACAUGGACGUUAUAGCAGUCUUAUCGAUCGCUACGUUUGUAAUAUCAGUGUGCUCGUUGGUGCUUAUGUAUAAACUGUUAAAAAUCACAAUGAAAUGUUUCUACACGAGAAAGGUAAUUAAUAUUAAGGAAAAAACUACUUAACGUUAACGUAGCGCAAUUAAUCACAAUUGUGCCCGAAUGCGUUCAAUAUUUCAAUAACACUUCAACAUAUGUUUCGCUUUUAAUCUUUUUUUUCUUAGAAUUUCGUAUGAAUUUUUCGUCUUCAUCUGUAUUGUUUUCAUAUUUUUCCUGUAUUUCCAGUUUUGUUAUAUCUUAUUGAUAUGUAACGAAGUUAUUUAACUUUUAUACAUCUAAUAAAACAUGCGUGAGCGAUUGAUCUCCCUCUC